UGAAACAUUCUCUCCGAUGAUAUUGAAACUUUGAAAAUCGCUGGAAUAUGAAUUACUUUUUGAUUUUCAUUGUAGUUUUUGAAAUAAUUUUGGGGAAAUAUCUAAUAGCUUCUGAUUUUGGAUCUGAUAUUUUGAAUUAUUAUAAAAGUGAAACAGUAAGCAAUUUUCAUAAGCAAUGGGAGCAGCACAGAAAGCCAUACGAGAAUGCUUUAAAAUUAGCAUUGAGAGAGAGUUUUGGUAAAAGAACAAUGAAUACUAUUGAAAGAAAAAUGGAAAAUGAGUAUAAAUUAUCAACUGGAUUUUAUGUUUUCGAUAACAUAGUACACGUGUUUUUCCAAGAAAUGCAUCUUACCGAGUUACCACACUUGAAAGAGCCGGAAAUAAGUUUUCCACUAGCGUACAAUGCUCUUUCAGUCGAAGUGGAGCUAGGCAAGAUGAUAAUCGAGACGGAUUAUAAAAUGAUGAGAAAUACUUCGGAUGUAUUAUCUACUGGUGAACAGGAUCCAUACAAAAAUUCACCAUUUGUCCUCCAGCAAGUUCAGGAUGAAGGACAUUUGGCAAUCAUAGCCGAAGAUUGCUUUGUCAGUGGCUUCACGAUAGCCAAAUUGAUUGGAUUUACUGUUACAUUAGGUCAUGAUACGUUUGGUCUAAGAAAUUGCAAAUUUAGUAUUGAGAUUUCUGGAGAAGGCUCCAAUUCACCGCCAGUAAUAGCUCCUUAUUUUUCAAAAGCACAAGCAAGUAUAUUAGAAAACAUUUUAAGCAAACCGAUACGAAAGGAACUUAUUGCAAAGUUACGGUCAGCGGCGUUUAGUUAUGUCAACACAUCUAUUUUCGGAGAUGAAUUGCCUAAAUAUCGGGAACAAGGCAAUACGAGUGACGAAUCUGUUUUUCUUGAGGACAUUGUUAUCGAUGGUUUUGAUACGGCAUAUUCUCCACAAAUUGGUGGUCCUUAUAAACUGAGAACAGUUGGCAUCGCUGAUACUCUACGAUAUAAUACACUAAAGAUUCAUGGAAAAAUAAUAUUUGAACGCGAUGAUUUAAAAAAUGAACACGGAUUUUACAUGGAGCUACAAGACGUUACGUUAAACGUGAACAUGGAUUUAGAGGACAGUUCGCAGAGCACAUUUAACAUGGAUAGAUACUUUUAUUGGAGGAACACGGACUUCUCUAUCAUGAAUCUAGAAGAAACAAGGGAUAGAAUUGUAGCUGAAUCAAUUAUAACUGGUUACUUAAUACAUAAAGUCUCAAAUUAUUUAACCAAUAAAAUACCGAAAUCAUCGUUUGGCGAAAAGGGGAAAUUGGUGGAAGACAAUGACGGACAAGAGCAUGAACAAGAUCAUGGCCCAGAAUAUGAUGGACAAGAUGAAGUUAAAAGUAUAGAAGCCAGUGACUUAAGUGCAGCAGAAGAAAAUGUUAAUAUCAAUGUUUCUAUAAAUGAAUCAGAAGGCAAAGUGGAGGACGAAGUGACGCAGAAAGAUCAAAAUAUUGAAGAAAUGCCUGAUAGUGAUAGUGAAAAGAAUAAAAUGAAAAAAGACAUUUCACUGGAAGUACAGAUUGCUGAAGAAGCAAGAAGAAAUAUCAAAAUCAGACCGAAACUUAGAAAAAAGAAAGGUUUUCUAUCACGUUUUACUGAAAAUGGCAAUAGGAAAACCAAAAAACAUAAAGAAAAACACAAGAAAGAGAACAAAAAACAUUUCCAAGAAAAUAUCAAAUAUGGUGAAGUAAAGAAACACAACCAUGGUAAACAUCACACUGAGAAAAGAGGGAAGAAAUAUAAGAAAAAGGAUAAAAAAUCAUUAAACACAAAACGACAAAAUAUACACAAAAAUUCUGGAUUACCUAUAUCGUACGACAAUGAAGUACGGUAAUGUUUAUUUUGGUUGGCUACAUUUGAGGUC